AUGGAGCUUCUCCAGCCCAUUCGCUCGGAGGAACAUCAAAAGAAAUUGUUAUCCACCUCUUCUCCGGAAGCAAUCAAAGUGGCCCUGAAAAUUACACCCACCCGUUUGGCUAACUUACUUAUACGUAAAGGACCUUUACCAAUACGUCAUAUCACCAGCCAAUUGGCCAUUGAAGUUCCUGGCUUCGACCUUCUUUCGUUAUCGAAACAAAGAAGAUUAAUCAUGGCUGCUAUGGACCAGACCGAUUUGGAAAAUAACGUUGUUUUUGAAAAAAUCGGUUGGGGUCAAUGGGCGGUUCGCAAAGUUGAUAGCGAUUAUAUCGUAACUGAAGGUACUGAAAAGGACACUUCUAUCAAGCAAGAACAACAACAGCCCGAUACUGAACAGAAUAAAAUUAACGUUCAUGAUUUAAGAAAUCAAUCUGGCUUGAAAUUAGGUUGGUCUAAAAAACAACAACCAAAACUUUCAAAUCCCGGUAGAGAAAAACUUAAACAAUUAAAUUCUUCAAGAAGAGAAUCAAUUACUAAUAAUCGAUCAAAUUUACAUAAUUUGAAAAUCCCAAAUGAAAGUUUAAAUAAUUCAAAUGCAAUUGUUUCUGAUUCUGAAGAUGAUUUUGCGUUAGGUAAUGAUGAUGACGAUGAUGAAGAUGCAAUCGAUGAAGAUAGUAGUGAUGAGGCCGAUGCUAGUAGCAAUGAUGAACUCUUCACUUUUGACCAUGAUGAUGAAAUUAAUAAUGGUUCAAGCACCAUUAAUAAAUUCAAGAAAAUUAAAUCUCCUCCAAUAAAAUUCGCUAAUCGUGUUCCAUUGAAAUUGAGUCCUCCUCCUCCCGGUGGUUCAAAUACUCCUAAUAAUGGUUCGAUGCCUUCUUCAAGACGUAAAUCUUCUUCUUCCAUUAUUAAAAACACUCAUAGUUAUAAUCAUAAUCAAACAAGACAUCAAAUCUUUAAUAGAUCAAGACUUAAUUCAAUUGAAAACUUAGAUAAUUAUAUCUUGUCGUCUGCUAAAAACUCAAAUGUCUCAAUCAAUUCUCCUCCUCCUUCUGCUUCUCAUGCUGCUUUAUUACUGGGUUCCCCCACUAAUUCUUGGACUUCUUCUGGUAAUUAUAUCCACAACGCAAAUAAUCAUCAAAAUUCAAGUCCCUUGAAUAAUGCAACUUCUUUGGAAACAACCUCUGCCGAUAGUAUCGCUGCUACAAUUUCAUCCGCUGGUCGUAGAAAAUCUUCCUUCAAUGAAUCUCAUAUUAGAUCAACCUUAUCCUCCCUGUUAUCGUCACCUCCAAAAUAUUCAAAUUCUUCUUUACUGAAACCACCUUAUGAUUUAAGUUCCCAUACUAAUUCAUCUUCUUCAGUAAUAAGAUCAAAUGGUCUUCAACCCCCUGCUUCUACUUAUAGUCGCUCCCUGAAAAAAUCUUCCAGUAACCCUAAUCAAAGUGAUACCGAUGAAGAAGAUUGGGCUACUAUCGGGGCUGAAAGUUUGCGCAAACAACAGGAAAAUGAUCACGUAAACUCAAAUAAUUCAAAUGAAAAUGAAAAUGGGUCAUCUAGAAAUAAAAAUCUGGAUGCUGAAGAAAGAACUGCUGCUGCUAUCGCUCUAGUCGAUUUGAUGUCGGUUUAA